AUGGCGAAUAGCAGCAACGACUCCCUACGUCGCGUGGAGGCUUUCAUAGCACAGCUAGCUGCCUUCAAGCGAGCGGCGCCAGUCCCAACAACCAGUUAUCACAUCGCCAUCCACUUCAACUGA